CGCCGCUUCUCCAUGCUGCGCUUCCGCCAUGCCUCCGACUCGCAGCUGUCGACGACGGCCACGGAGCAUGCUGCCCGGGACGUGCCCCCGGUGCCGCCGGUGCCCCCUGUGCCCCCGGUGCCGCCUGUGCCCGCCAGCGCCGAGCGCGCCGCGGGCCUGAGCAACGAGCGUACCCACCACGAUCCCUACCACCCCCACGACCCCCGCGACCCCCCGGCGAAGAAGCGCGGCCGCCUGCAGCAUUUCACCCUGCGCCGCCGCUCGUUCGACCCGGCGAGCAUCGACCGGCCCGGCGGCCUCCUGCGCAAGUCCAUGGACAAGAAGCGCUCCGCGCCGCUGGCGCCCAGGAAGAGCAGACCCGACCUGCGCGAGGCCGAGGCCGGGGUCGAGGCCGAGGCAGGGGUCGAGGCCGGCCGCGUCUCGACAAGCCAGCAGCGACCCGACGAGCUGUCCGGGGCCCGCGACUUUGCGGAAGGCGCGACUGCGCUCGCGCCGCCCUCCCAACGCGCCUCCGAGUCGUCGCGAUCAGACGGCAGCUCGGGCGGCCACGUCUCCUUUGAGACCAACAGCCGCCCGGCGCCCCCGCAGCGCAUUGGCUCCACGCGCUUUGGCUUUGGCCGCCGGAAGCAGCGCCAGUCCCUGUUCCCGCUGCCCAUGAAGAUUGAGCCCCCGCAGCUCCCCGACACGGCCCCGGCAACGCCUCGAGCCUCGACCGGCGGCGUCAGCACCGCCUCGACCGGCGGCGUCAGCACCGCGUCGCCCACGGGCAGUCCGCCGCCGACUGCCCGUCUCUACGCAGAGGGCGACAAUGGGACACACACGCCGCCCCUGCCCUCUGCUUCGCAAGUCGCCCUCGCAGCGAAUUCGCUGAACCUCGGCUCGCCUGGACGAGGCUCGCUCUACCGCAACGACUCGUCCAGGUCCGCUCGUUCGGCCCGCUCGUCGCCCCAGCCUCCCAAGCGCGCCGGCCUGCGCGGUCGCUCGUCUACGAUGGGCUCGCUGGGCGGCAUGUCCGACGACAAUCCCUCGCCGACGCCGCCCAAUGGCCUCAGCGGGAGGAACUCGACGUCGACCACGGCAGGCCGCAGCAGCUUCAGCAAUCUCUUCAGCCUGGGAAGAUUUCGUCAGAACGAUCUCCAUCCGUCCCGGCAUGGCUCUCCUGCUCACGGAUACACAGGCACGUCCGGCUCGUCGCACCAGAACUCGCUCAGCAUCAGCAGGGAGACCCUGGUCAUGCCCGAGCGUGACGAGGGCGAGACGCCCGGUCGUUAUCUCGAGCGGAUCGAAGCCAACAAUGUUGACAAGAGCGUCAUUGCUAGCUGCUUGUCCAAGACGGACGAUGCCUACCUCCUAUCUGUGCUUCGGAGCUACAUGCGCAAGUUUGCCUUUUUCGGCGACCCCAUCGACAUGGCUAUCCGGAAGCUGCUCAUGCAGGUGGAGCUGCCCAAGGAAACACAGCAGAUUGACAGGGUGCUGCAGGGUUUUGCCGAUCGCUAUCACGAAUGCAACCCAGGCAUCUACACGAGCACUGACAAAGCCUACUUCAUCUCCUUCUCCAUCAUCAUCCUGCACACUGAUUUCUUCAACAAGAACAACAAACGAAAGAUGCAGAGGCCCGACUACAUCAAGAACUCGUCGUGCGAGGGCGUGUCCGACGACGUCCUCGGAUGCAUUUACGACAACGUCGUCUACACUCCCUUUAUCCACAUUGAAGACGAAGUCGACCUGAAGAACAUCUCGUCGAAAAGGAGCCGGCGAACGGCUGUGCUCAAGGGGCCAAACGACCCCGCGCGAAAAGCCAAAAAGGAGCCCAUUGACCCUUAUACCCUGAUCUUUGAAGGCAAACUCGACGUCCUCCGGCCCACUAUCAAGGACGUGAUGAACCUCGACGACCCCUACAACUACCUGGGCACUGCGGCCACGCUCGAUACCAAGAACAUUUACAAGUCCUUUACCAGAUACGGCGUCAUACAGAUUGUCUCAUCACGGUCCAGGCCAGAGGCCUUCAUGUCCGAAGCCGCCCAGGAGAAUCCGUUUGGCACGUCGGUUGGCAUCGUCGAGAUGCCAGUCACCAAGGUCGGCAUACUGUGGCGGAAGGAUCCCAAGCGCAAAAAAGCUCGCUCGCCGUGGCAGGAGUGGGGUGCCGUUCUCACGCGCUCUGGCCUGUCGCUGUUUCGCAACAGCAGCUGGGCCAAGAAUCUAAUGGCCCAGCACGAGCAGCACGUCAAGCAUGGCGAGCCAGGUCCAGCCGUAUUCUCCCCUGCUCUCCAAGAGUUCAAGCAAGACCACAUGAUACCCAUGGAUGGCGCUGUUGCAUUGGUCGACAACACAUACAAGCGCCACAAGAAUGCCUUUUCCAUGUGCUCCAAGAUUGGAGAGGAGACGUUCCUCGCCGACAGCGAGCAGGACCUGAACGAUUGGCUGGGCGUCUUGAACUACACGGCAGCCUUUGAGACCCUGGGUGUUCGUUCUAGAGGCAUGAUCGGUGGCUUGUACGAGGGCCAGAAGACCCGUGGCAUUCGACGACUCGACUCAUCUCAAUCCGGCAAGUCUGUUCCCACUGCCACUGGCGACGUCAUUGUCCAGAGCGGCAAGAUUGACGACGACUUUGCCCGGCAGGUGGUGACAGCCCGGAGGGAGACGAUGCAGGCUCGGAUUUCCGAAGCCGAAGACAAGCUGGCAGAUGCGAUCAAAGAGCUAGAGGCACGCCUUCGUGACGCGCGGCAUCUUCAGAUUAUGGCGCCCAUCCAGCCAAAGACGCGAGAGCUUGUGAUUCACGCUGCCGGGCGUCUGUCUGCGAGGCUAAAGUGGUCACGCAUCGAGAUAUGGCGGAUGAAGUGCCAUCGCGACAUCUUAGCACACGAGCUCGAGGACGAGAGGCAGAGCGCUACCGAGACACAAGCACGCAACAACCGGAUCGCCGAAUCUUCGCAAGCGCCGCCCGCGCAGAACUCGCCUGCAUCUACCAGCAAGACGUCCAGAAUCAGUGGCCUUGCCCGUUUGGCGUCCAAGACGAGCUCUUUGACGAGCAGUCACAAGCCACCAGUCUCUCCAGAAGGACUCGGCGCCCGUCCCACCACCAAGUCUUCUGGGAACACGGAGAUGGACGAAGGCGCCUUUAAGACGCCGCCUGAGACGGCACACCAGACGAGCCCGACCUUUCCUUCUGGCUCGUACAGUGUGCCGCCAAUCUCGUUCAGCCCACCCGCGUCUGAUCGCCCAAGCUCCGGGACGAGCUCGUCUGUGCAGUCCCCCCGGAUGUAUCCAGUCGACAAGAGGCCUUCCGUGUCAACGUUUGACGAUGGCACCGUAGACUCUGACGAUGACUCUGACGACGACGCGGGCUACACCACGCCGCCGCUGAUUGACGCAGACAGGCUGCAGCUGAAGACGCCAGAAGCGGCCACAGACGGCGCCGUGGAAUCUGACGCAGAGCUGAGCCUUGUUGCUCAAGCAGGCUCGCCCGUUCCCGGCAAGAAGCACCGGCGCAGCCUGCAUCGUACGCUCCGAGACUCGCAUGGUGGCUCGUCGCAUCGGCGCAGUCACAAGGGCCGCGACUCGGCCUCGACUAUCACGAGUGAAGGAGCCUCGGAGAAUGAAGGCCUGAACCGCAGCAAGGGCAGCUUCACGGUACACGGCAAGAAGGCGUCCAUCAUCCAGUUUGGGUCUGACUGGCACAACACCACAGCCGAGGAGCGGCUGAAGGCCAAGAAACUGCUUCAGGAGGCCGCCGAGCUGGCUUCUGCCGACGAGCGAGACGGCAGCGUCAGCGACGGCACUGUCGUGAGUCCUGCGUCUGAGCGUAACGACGACACGCCCCGCCGGCAGCUAUCUUCUGAACAGGUCAAACAGCGUCACAUAUCCGCACAGACCAUUACCCCUGAGAAUUUCCACCAGUCUCUCGAGUACCAAGACGGCUCCGACGGCUCUGAGUUGAGCGAUGUCGCAGAGGAGCGCACAAGCAAGGAC